AUGUUGGUUGGCGAUGACAUUGGCGAGAGCACGGAGGGGACAAAGGUUGAGGUUACUGUCGGGGACAUUGAUUUGGAUCAACCUAGAGCUGUGUUAUCUCAGUUGAACGUUUGGUUGAAUGAUGAAGGUCAAGGUGUGGAACGAGGGGUCCAAUUACGGAAGAGGAAGAGGAUUAUUCCUAUGUGGAAGAUCGUUGAAGCUAGUGAAGUGGUUAAAAAAAAUUUGCCAAAGACAACCGGACUUCGGACGUUAGACCCAAUGAAGGCGAUUCCGCAUGAUGAUAUGUUUGGUGAUGCAAUUGGCAACGUGGAAGCUGAGAUUGAAUUCUUCGCUUCCCUCGUCAAAGCUGACGGCUGGCUGAAAGGAGAUCACAUUGAUUUGGGCUUGUAUCUCAUCCGGAAGCGACAACAACAGUUGGAGGAAGUAGAAAUAUCGGAUUGGACAACGACCGAUGUAUUUUUUAUGAAUCACAUCCAUACUUGCUUUGCGGAUAAUAAAAGGAAAAAAGAGCAAGUUGGGUGGAAAAUUAGAACCAGUUUAGUGAACGUUGUAAAUGGCAAGGUUCCGGCUUGUGGAUUGGAUUGGCAGAACACGUAUAAGGUGUAUGUACCUUGUAUGUUGCAAAAAUAUAAGCAUUGGGUGGCUCUAGAGAUUGAUCUGAUUCAGUGUGAAAUCAAAGUCUACGAUUCAAUGGUUUCACUCAUUCCAGAUCAGAGCUUAAAGGAAGAACUCGGGCCCCCUGUCAAUUACGAUUCCAAAUCUUCUGCACACCCUCGACUUUUAUGA